AUGGCUAAAUAUCUUGAUGGACGUCCAUUUGUUAUUGAAACAGAUCAUAAACCAUUAUUACCAUUUAAUUUAAAACAACAACUGAAUUCAAAAUGCGAGCGAUGGCGUUUAAAAUUACAACAAUACCAAUUCACCAUUCAUCAUAUUAAGGACAAACACAGUACAGUAGCUGAUUAUUUAUCACGUUCGCCUGUCGAUGAUGCAACGAACGACGAAGAUGAUUAUCUCCCAACUACGUCCCGAGGGACACAAACCGAAAAUUCUACAUCACUACAGAUCGUAGCACCCGUUGUCACCCGAGCGCAAUCAAAACGACAUGAUAAGAGGGCUGAUAGUUAUGCGACGGAUCAGACCUGUGAUCCACUGCAGCAGAAGACGGAUGAUCACACGCCCGUCGAUCACUCCUGUGUUGCACAAGACCGCCCGAGGACCACUACAAACGUCACUGAUAAUUCAAUCGUUCCAUCCGCAAAAGGUGAUAUCAAAGCAUUGAACCCAAAUGAUCCGAAUCAAAUUACCCCAUUUACACACGAACAAUUAAAAGUAUUACAACAUCAGGGCGAACAGGCAGCACAGAUAAUCCGGAAUAUUGAAGAUUACCCGAAAUAUUUUAUCAACGACAAUAUGUUGAUGAGAAAAUCGUCUCCACCAGUCCCAUUCGUACCGAAAGGACAAAUACGCGCAGACAUUAUAAAAAUUUAUCAUGAUACACGUGGAAACGGAGGCCAUUUUGGUCGUGAUCGAACGAUAUCGAUAAUUGGCUUUGGGGACGUAUAUACCAUCAGAUUUGGUGAGUUAUCAAUACACGUUGAGGAACCGCUAACACCUUUAUUUUUUCAUUCAUCAUCGCAUCGACACUCAUCAUCAUCAACGACUCGUGUGCUUGAAUCAUCAUCUCACGCAUCAUCACAUCGUACAUCAUCAACAACAACUCGUACCAUACACAUUGAACCAUCAUCGAAUCGUCCAUCCUCCACAUCCACAACUCGUACAAUACCCGCUGAACCACCAUUCCAUCGACCACCAUUGACAAAAAAGCAGCGGAAGAAUCGGAAGCGUCGAGCCAAACGAUAUAAUUUCGAAGUAAUUCGACACCUUUACAAGGAUUUUACCACUACCACUGUCAAACGAAUCCUCAUCGAUAUGAACAUCCAUUGGGUUAAUUUCAACAUCGUUGGACAUGUAUUAUUCAUUGGAUUAAAAGAUGAACGAACAAAACAAUGGGUCGAAGAAAUGUUACAUCCAAAUAUACACACAUGA